AUGGCAGAGAAUGGCACCAGGGUGACGGAAUUUAUUCUGAUGGGGUUCCAGCUCCCGGCAGAGCUGCAGUUCGGUCUCUUUUUAAUGUUUCUGGUGUUUUAUCUCAUCACUAUGGGGGGAAAUCUGGGCAUGAUCAUGCUAAUCCAAAGUGACCCUCGGCUCCACACACCCAUGUACUUCUUCCUCAGCCAUCUGUCCUUCCUCGACAUUUGCUACUCUUCUGUAAUUGUCCCUCAGUUGCUGGAGAUCUUGGGGACUGACAAGAUGGUCAUCACCUAUGAGCGCUGUGCCACCCAGUUCUUCUUUUUCACGUUGUAUGCUAGUACUGAGUGCUUCCUUUUGGCUGUGAUGGCUUAUGACCGCUAUGUGGCUGUGUGCAAUCCCCUCCUCUACGCUAUGGCCAUGACGCCACAGACCCGCCUGGGGCUGAUAGCCGCAGCAUAUGCUGGUGCGAUGGUCAACACUGUGGUCCGCACUGGGUGCACCUUCUCCAUCUCCUUCUGUAAAUCCAACCAGGUUGACUUCUUCUUUUGUGACCUCCCACCCUUGCUGAAGCUUGCCUGUAGUGAGACCAAGUUACGGGAACAUGUGAUCUUCCUUUUAGCCUUUUUGGUCAUCACAACUAGCGUUUCAGUGAUUCUUAUAUCCUAUUUCUUCAUCGUUUGGGCUAUUCUGAAGAUUCGCACGGCAGGCGCCAAAGCCAAGACCUUCUCCACCUGUGCGUCUCACUUCACCGCAGUAGCUCUUUUCUUCGGAACACUCAUAUUCAUGUACUUGAAAGGUAACAUGGGAAAAUCCCUCUGGGAAGACAAGAUUGUGUCAGUAUUGUAUACUGUGGUCAUCCCCAUGCUGAACCCCAUGAUCUACAGUCUGAGAAACAAGGAAGUGAAGGAAGCUCUGAAGAAAGCUUUCAAAAGAAUAAGGGUUUUCCAAGGAGAGUGAA